ACUUUUGUCUGUUGCUUUGGUCACCCCGUAACAACAGCUAUAGAGUGGUUUCCAAACAAAAAAGGCCUCGUGACAGGGAUAGUGGCUUCAGGGAUGGCUUUAAAUCCUCUCUUGACGAAUAACGUACAGACAUUCUUUGUGAACCCUAGUAAUCUCAAACCUGCUUCUGAAGGGUUUUUUUUACAAGAUGAAAUUAUAGAGAGUGUUCCUGUUUUGUUUUUGGUAAUGGGAAGUGUUAAUGGUGGAAUUCUACUGAUUGGGCUGUUUAUGUACCAAGAAUUACCACGAGAGUCAAACCAGGAAGAAACAAAAUCCAGUGAAUUAACUAUUGUGUACCAAACGUCAAGACAAUCGUGUAGCAAUGAACUUAGAGGACCAAUUACGAAAGACGUGGACUGUACAAUAACAAUAAAUAACGAAAUACUAUGCCCAACAUUGCAAGAAGAUUCAGUUCAUGCGAACGUUGAUAUCGAACAACCGCACACUGAUGGUGAUGUUGAACUUCAUGUGUCACCAAAACAGGCUCUGAAAAUGAAAGAAUUGUACCUUUUAUCGAUAGUUUGUAUUUGCUCAUAUCACCCACUCAUGUUUGUGAAUGUUUUUAUAAG